AUGAUGCCCUGCUGCGGACCUCCGAGCAAUGCGAUCGCCCAAAUCAACAUCCCUCGAAAGAUUCGGUCUGAAUUACAACCUGGCGAUCAGUGCUUCUUCUCCGGUAGAUUGAUUGGACUCAAUAACGCGGGUACUACUCCCAUCAUACAAUGUAACCCAGAGGAUGUCACUAGGGUUCCUGCUGCAGAUCGGGACCUACUCGCACCCACUGACCCUAACAAAGUAUAUGUGGAAGGCUUGGGUAUAGUCAUAAAGCGAGAGGAACUCAAGACCGAGCCCGUCUUGAAGUACCCACCCAUCAUGUGCACAGUAAAACACAACGACUGGGAUCAAGCAAAGCAGGAGGAUGUCGAGUUCAAAGUACGCUACAUUAUCCCACCCACAACGCUACUGAAAAGUCACGCUUUGAUCCAGAAGGGAUGUGAAGUAAGCAUCGCUGGCUACCUCAUCAACAAUCCGGCCAGCAGCCACGAACCAUGGUUGGUACAGACCACUGGCGUCAGCGUCUUGAAAAACCCACCCAGAUGCCGCAAAAAGGAGAUGAAGGUACCCAACAAGAAAUCCAUUGGACCGGCAAAAAAAACAAGUCAGGGAGCCCUUCCAAAACGAGUACCGAGCUCUGAACCCGAAUGUUGUUGUAAGGCUGAUAGAGGAGAAGGAAGUAGCUCGGGAUCUACACUUUACCAAAGAAUCAUUCCAGCUCGAUGUUCCGCUGAUCCAAUCCCCGGAUUCGAAGGUCUAGACAUCAAGGGCAAGGGCAAAGAAAAGUGUUAA